AUGUCUCAGCGAAGCAAGUCAAUCCAGUUCUUGCUGUUUGUAGCGAUCUUGAUGAUACUCGCGUCAAAUGUUUUCGGCAUCGGGGAGAAGUCCUUGCUGUCUAUCAACGAAGAGCUUCCUUUUCCGGACAGCCCAUCGCGAGGGACGAAGGAGGCCAAUGCUGCCGCCAUUCGCUCCCACGCUGCCCAAUUCAGUGCAGCAGACGAAGAUCCGUACGCGUCCGAUUCGUUCGACAGCCCUGAGCCUUCUUCACCUCGAUACAGCAUCAUGCAGAAAGUUCCAGUCCUAGGACUCGCUCGAGGACAACAAAGUAAACUUGUGCCGUAUCAACUCUCAGCUCCCCUGGAGUUCCAUCCUCAUCCGUUCGAAACGUUUAGAAGCAGCUCUAGGAGAGAUCAUCUGUGGACUCUGCGGAGGGUGCAACCCGGUGCUCCACCUUCUUCGACUAGUGAGUUGCUCGGGCUGCUGAACAGCCAUGCUAGCAUCAGGUCCACAUAUGACGUAAAGGCGGUUCCAGACGUUUUGGCAAUUGGAACAAAGUACCAUGCUGUUCAGCUUCGUGGUCAUGGCUUGGAUGUCCAAACGCUGAGAAAGCUGCAAGAGGCGGGAAGACCGUUCUACGCUCAGGGCGCUAAUAAGAAGGUGUGGUAUUUUGAUACCAAGGACGGCACCGAAUACACCUUCACAGACAAGAUCAAGGGCUCAGACAAGCGCAUCAUUCGAAACAUCCUUGCCCCGACUCAACAAGUCGCUAUUCAAGAUCCAGAAAGAGCACGAGAAAGGCGGAAUGAUGCGGAAAGAACAGCAAUGGUAGCCAGCCAUUACACGGAAAGAGAGCGGGCCGGCGUGUCUUGGUUCCAGAGGGCUUCAGAGGUCGCCAGGAUUUUUCUCAAAGGAAGAAUGCAUGGCGACUGA